UUGUUGCACUCUGGACCAAUCUCCCGGUCUAUGCGGGAGAUCUUUAGAAAGUGCUGGUUCGAGAAUGGGCGAGCCUGGAGGUUUCUGACUGCAGAGCAGACAGAUUUCUAUUGGGAGGAAUUUAAGAAGGAAUACUGGUGGGAUACGGCAGAUUACAGCGACGACGUCAUCAAAAGUGUAUUCAUGGCGCAUGCUGCAAACCGAUAUAAGGACGUUAUUCAUAGGAUGAGAGAGAAGGACGAAAAACAUACCUCGAUCAGCCAAGAUAUCUGGGAUUCCUGGAAGGCCGUCUGGGCGUCAGAAGACGAGAAGAAGAAGUCUGAUGUAGCUCGCGCUAAUAGGAUGAGCGAGCCUGCUGGAGCUGGUUCCGGACCAGUACGCCAUACAGGGGGAUCCCGUUCCGCCAUCCGACAUAUGGAUGUGUUGGCUGAAGAGCUCGGCCGCAAGCCUACCGCAACGGAGCUGUAUACUCGGAUGCACUCCACGAAAGCUGAUAAGGGUGUCAUGGUAGACAAGAGGGCCCAGAACAUGAGUGAUGCAAUUGCUCAGAGACUUGCUGCUGCAUCGCAGCCGCCGACCGAUGGGGGUUCUUCUAGCACAGCGGAAGUCGACGAGACCCAGCUGUUUCUGGAUAUCGAGGGCGUUAACAAGAAGCGUCGUGUUUACGGGUUGGGUUCAGCGACUAGUGCGUACGUGGAUACGACGACGUCUAGUAGGGCGAGGACCAGGUCCACACAGUCACAGCGAACUGAGGAGGAGAUCGAGCGGCGUGUGCGGGCGGGGAUCCAGGACGGACUGCGCCAGAUUACCACUGAGGUGGAGGAUCUCCGUGCGCAGCAGGCGAGAGCCAAUGAGAGGAUGGCCGAGAUUAUUCAGGCUGAGAUGGCGAAGAUGAUGCAGACUCUUCCUCCGCAGUAUCGCCCACCUCCACCCCCAGGUCCUUCAGACGAUGACGACACUCCGACUUUAUAGUGUCAUGUUUGCGUUUCUGACAUUUUGUAUUUUGUCACUUUAUACAUUUUCUAUUUUUUUGCUUUAUACAUUUUGUUGCGUUAUGUAAAAUAUAAUAUGUUUUUAUAUGA